CGGCGCUGUGCGCAGGGCGGCGGCGCCCUCCCGCCCGGGAUUGACAGGCCGGGCCGGGGGAGGAGGAGUGGGAGGAGGAGGAGGGAGCGGCAGCACAGAGCCCGUAUCGCCCCGCAGCCCGCUGCCGCCGCCGCGCAAUCCGCCGCCAUCCGCCGCGCCCCUCGCCCAUCGGCCCUCCGCACCCGGCUCCCCAGGCACUCCCGGCUCCCCACCACCACCACAGGUGGGUAUCGGGGGCCGGCGGCGGCGGCGGCCGCGGAUAUUUGGGGCGGCAGAUCGGGAGCGGCGCAGAGCAAUUUCCUUACUAGAUGACAUUUCAUCGCAAUGUCCGAUCGUUUGGGGCAAAUAACCAAGGGAAAGGAUGGGAAAAGCAAGUACUCGACUCUCAGCCUGUUUGAUAAGUAUAAAGGAAAGUCAAUAGAAGCUAUCAGAACUACAGUUAUUCCUAGACAUGGCUUACAGAGUCUCGGGAAAGUUGCUGCUGCCCGGCGCAUGCCACCUCCUGCAAACCUGCCUAGCUUGAAGUCUGAGAACAAAGGAAACGACCCCAACAUCGUUAUAGUACCCAAGGACGGUACAGGAUGGGCAAACAAGCAGGAUCAGCCAGACCAAAAGAGUUCCAGUGUGACGGCUGCACAGCUGCAGGAGUCGCUGCCGCAGCAGGGUUUGCAGAAAUCUGUCUCCAAUUUACAGAAGCCGACACAGUCAAUCAGUCAGGAGAGUACAAAUUCAGUGCCAGGUGGACCAAAGUCAUGGGCACAGCUGAAUGGAAAGCCAGCAGGACAAGAAGGUGGUUCAAGGGCCUCAAGCCGACUGUUAUCCUUCUCUCCCGAGGAAUUUCCGACGCUGAAAGCAGCUGGCGAGCAGGACAAGGUUGGCAAAGAAAAGGGCGCCUUAGAUCCGUCGUAUGGGCCAGGACCAAGCCUCCGCCCCCAGAAUGUCACUAGCUGGAGGGAGGGCGGUGGGAGGAACAUAACCUCUGCCACGUCUCUGACCGCCUCCCCUGCUGAGCUGGGCAGCAAGACCCCCAGCACUGGAGACGGAGCCCCCUCCUCAGUGAGUGCCAGCGAUCCGAAGGAGCCGUCUCUCCGCCCAGCUCAGCCUGUCCGCAAAGGGGCUUCGCAGUUCAUGGGGAAUGUCUACCAGCCACCUACAUACCAUGACAUGCUACCUGCUUUUAUGUGUCCGCAACAGCCAUCUGAAACCCCUGCGUCGCUGGACCGAGGGUCUUUUCCUGUUCCUCAGCUUCGGCUUGAGCCCCGGGUACCUUUCAGACAGUACCAGAUGAAUGACCAGGAUGGAAAAGAGAACAGGCCCAGCCUGUCCCGCCCAACACGUCCGGUUCGGCAGCAAAUGGAAAGAGCACCGCGGCCCACCAUUAUCAAUGCAGAGAACCUAAAGGGGCUGGAUGAACUAGACAAUGAUGCAGAUGAUGGAUGGGCAGGCAUUCAUGAAGAAGUGGAUUACUCCGAGAAACUGAAGUUUAGUGAAGAUGAGGAAGAGGAAGAACCUCUUGCUAAAGAUGGACGACAGAAGUGGAACAGCUGGGAUCCCAGAAGGCAGCGACAGUUGUCCCUGAGCUCUGCAGACAGUGCAGAUGUCAAACACACCUUGGAGGAAGGAAAGAGUUGGAACGACUCGGUUGGCUUGUCCCGGUCAGUCCGGAAAGGGCAGGAUACACAGCAGCCUCUGAGGAAGCUGAAUGGCUGGAGCUCUUCAUCUGAAUACCAGAAACCCACAGUGGGAAAUGUUCUCAGACAGCAGUCCCUCGAGGAUAAUAAAGAAGAAAAGGUGCCACUGAGACAAAAGUUUGUGCACUCUGAGAUCUCUGAGGCUGUUGAGAGAGCCAGGAGGCGGCGGGAGGAGGAGGAGCGGCGAGCCAGGGAAGAGCGUCUGGCAGCCUGUGCUGCAAAGCUGAAGCAACUUGAUCAGAAGUGCAAACUGGCUCAGAAGAGUGGAGAGACCCAGAAACACCCAGAGAAUGAAGACAUGAGACCAGCAAGCACGGAGAAAAAUGCUGUGCAAGAGAAUGGUCCUGCUUUCCGUAGAGCAACCCCUGAGUUUCACACGCAGGAGGCUUCUGUUGGCUAUGUGGAAGAGGAGACUCCUGCCCCAGCAGCAGCAGCCCAAAGCAGCAGUGAGGAGGAGCUCAGAGAAGCUUCCUCUCCAGCACAGGAGUUCAGCAAAUACCAGAAGUCUCUUCCUCCACGGUUCCAGAGGCAGCAGCAGCAGCAACAGCAGCAGGUAAUAGAUGAGCAGCUGUACAAGAUGCAGCACUGGCAGCAGCAGCAAAUCUAUCCUCCCCCAUCUCAUUCCCACCCCCAACGGACCUUCUAUCCGCCGCACCCCCAGAUGCUUGGCUUUGAUCCUCGCUGGAUGAUGAUGCCCUCUUACAUGGACCCUCGCAUGACCCAGAGUCGCACCCCUGUGGAUUUCUACCCUUCAGCCCUUCACCCUUCAGGAAUUAUGAAGCCCAUGAUUCAGCAGGACUCCAUCGGUGGGAGCAGCUGUCGGUCUGAAGAUCAGAACUGCCAGGCAGGGACAGCAGAAAGGAAAACUGCUCCCUUGGACCCUGUGCCAGUGUGGGGCCAGGAGAGCUACACAUCCCUGCAGAGUAAAGGGUACUCCCUGUCACAUCAAAAACAGGCUGACAGCAUCACCAUGGAGGGGCUGCAUGCCAGGAACGACAGUUACUCUGCUGCUCCUGGAAGGCAGGAGAGCCUGAGCACCCAGCGAGAUCUAUUUGAGGACAGAGGGGAGGAGUACUUGAAUGCUUUUGACAAGAAGGCCCAAGCAGACUUUGACAGCUGUCUGCCUUCUCAGAGGAUAGGCCAAGAUCUGUUGUUUCAGCAUCAGGAGACGGUGCAGGAAACCUGUCCUGCUGGGAACCGCCAUGCAAACUUGAGGUGUUCACCCCUAGAGCCUGAUUUCAUCCAAGCAGAGAAGAAGCCUGAGUACAAUGGCUGGGAUAUCAACCACCAUCAGAAACCUGCAGAGACUGCAGCAGAAGCUGCUGAAGAAGCACCCAGGGAUGAGCAGGCAUUCAGUGCUGACCCAUGGAAGAAAGAAGGAGCUAAUACCAAACAGCCCACAGAAGAGGCAACAGAGUGGGCUCCUGAGAACCGUACCACCAGCGGUCAGCACCAGGAGCAAAUGGGGAGGACGCGGCGAUCGGGCCCAAUUAAAAAGCCAGUCCUGAAAGCCCUCAAGGUGGAGGAGAAGGAGAAGGAGAUGGAGAAGGUUAAGCUUGAAGGAGAGGACACCUCGCGCCCACUGAAGGAGAAGGCAGCUGUUCAGAAAGUAGAAAACGAGUCAGAUGAUUCUGCAGCCUUAGUGAACUCCACGCGUUACGUGCUGGAUGACAAAGGUUCUUCCCAAGCCACCCUUGCCCGAGAGGCUGAGAAAUCCCAAGAGGAAGACGAGGAAGAAGAAGAGGAAGAAAAGCCAGAAAGAACCUGGGAGAACAAAUUAUCCAGAGAAUCCGGUGAUCUCCCUCCCACCAAAAGAAACAACUGGAUCUUCAUUGAUGAGGAACAAGCCUUUGGUGGGAGAGGUCAAGGACGUGGACGAGGGAGAGGCUUCAGAGAGUUCACUUUCCGAGGCCGAGGCACUGUAGUGGGCAGCCGGGGGGUCUAUAACAACCAGCGGAGCAGCCGAGGGCGAGGGCUGCGGGAGUUCAACCAGGCAGAGGACUUCCCCCGGGGCAAGCCAAGGCGCCGCAUUGCGAGCGAGACGCACAGCGAAGGGUCAGAGUAUGAGGAGCUCCCCAAGCGUCGCCGGCAAAGGGGCUCAGAAAACAGCAACGAAGGCUCCGUGCUGGACCGGGAGGACAGUGAUUUAAAAAAGGGAGACUUCAAAGAGUCGUGGAGGUCCAACAAAAUCUAUUCAGAUGAUCACAAUAGUCUGGAUCCGAAGAUGAGGGCACAGAGAGCUUUUGGGAGAUCACUGCCGCCAAGACUGAGCAACUCUGGCUAUGGGAGAAGGGGGUUCAUGGGUAAGGAGCCCACCCAGUGGCAAGGCAGGAGUGGGGGAGCAGGGUGGCAGGAGUACAGCCACACCUCUCCAUCGGACACUUUUGGGAGCAGGCAGCAGGCUGACAGGGACUACAUUCAGGAUUCUUACAAACACGUGGAUUCCUUCUCCAGCCGGGUUUUCGAUGAGAGUCAUCUGGAUGACAGAAGGCACUUUUUCCAGGAGGAUUACUCAGCGGAUCAGGAGAACAUAGAGAACAGGCCUUUCAGGAGGCGGCGUCCUCCCCGCCAAGACAAGCCCCCACGGUUCAGGCGCCUCAGGCAAGAGAGGGAAUCAGUUGGCCAGUGGAACCCUGAGGAAGGAGGCCCCAGCCUACUGCCCAGCCAGUGGCCUGGAAGACCCAAGCUGACCAGUGCAGAGAAGAGCAGCAUUUCAGGCAGACGGUCUCCUGAGCUGUCCUACCAGAACUCAUCAGAUCACGCCAAUGAGGAAUGGGAGACAGCAUCUGAAAGCAGUGACUUCAGUGAGCGGCGGGAGAGGCGAGAGGGAGUUUCAGAGAGUGAAGGCCAGCUGGAGGGUGGCCUCUGCAGUGGGAGCCUGGGAGAAAAGAGGGAGCUGGCAAAGAGGAGCUUCUCGAGCCAGAGGCCACUUGUGGACAGGCAGAGCCGCAAGGCCGAGCCAGCAGGGUUUGCAGAGCAGUCUGUCAGGACUGGUGUGGGAGCAGCUUCCAGAUACGAGAGUCAGCAGAACGGGACACUGAUAAAAAGCAAAAGGUCUCCAGAAGAAGGAGGGGGCCUUGGCAACACGAGUGGUGGGAGCAGCCACUCCAUUUACAGCUUGGAUAGGGCCUCCCAUGCCAACUCAGAGUGUGCUGAGGGGCCAGGUAAAAAGCCAGAGAAGGAGCCCAAAUCCACUGCGCAAAGAGCAAGUGAGAAGGGAGAGGCCUUGUCACAGUUUGAACUGAGCUAUGGAAGUACCAUCAUCGACAGUCGGGUAUCGAACACAGCAGAAGAGAAUGAAGUAGGUUCUAUGGCAGGUGAAGGCUUCAUUGAGGUUCUUACUAAGAAGCAGCGUCGCUUGCUGGAAGAAGAGCGAAGGAAGAAGGAGCAGGCUGCUCAGGCACCAGCUAAGGCCCGUGUUCUUCAGUCUCGCAUUCCUCCUCGGUUUGCCAAGAAGCAGAACAGCUUGUGCUUGGAGCAAGGUGAUGUAGCAGUGUCUGGAAACAGCCUGGGCACAGAGAUCUGGGAGAGCAACAGCCCAGCGCUUUCUGUUCAGUCUCCUGGCAGCGAUUCCUGGAACAAACCUGUAAAUACCUUUAAUGGUACUGAAUCUAGCACCACUGAGCAGGGUUUUAAAGGCAGCCAGGGGGAUAGUGGCAUUGACUUGAGCGCGGAGUCUCGGGAAUCCUCCGCUACCUCCUCUCAGCGCAGUUCUCCAUAUGGCACCCUCAAACCAGAGGAGAUGAAUGGGGCUGGCCUGGUGGACGCAAAGCCUGACUGUCAGAAGGAGCAAGUGCAGAAGCAAUCUGAUAAAAAGGAUUCAGAUCAAGGCUCAGGACAGAACAAGGAACACAAGCCUGGACCAAUCGGCAACGAACGCUCCCUGAAAAACAGAAAGGGUUCGGAGGGAACGGAACGGCUGGAAGGGAAUAUUCCCCCUGUUAACGGGGUAGAAAUUCACGUGGAUUCUGUACUUCCUGUGCCACCCAUUGAAUUUGGAGUAAAUCCUAAAGAUUCUGAUUUCAGCUUGCCACCCGGUUCUGCCUCUGGCAGUGCAGCUAACCCUGUCACCAAAUUGCAGGAUGCCUUGGCCAGUAAUGCAGGGUUAACGCAGUCCAUUCCCAUUCUGCGAAGAGAUCAUCACCUUCAGCGUUGCAUUGGCCUCAACCCAAUGUCCUUUCCCACUGCAGAUCUCACUCUUAAGAUGGAGUCUGCACGUAAAGCUUGGGAAAACUCUCCUAGUUUACCAGAACAGAACUCCCCAGGAGGUGCAGGCUCAGGCAUCCAGCCUCCUUCCAGUGUUGGAGCUUCCAACGGUGUCAGCUACAGCUCUUUUGGUGGAGUUUCCAUGCCUCCUAUGCCUGUGGCAUCUGUAGCACCUUCUGCAUCUAUUCCAGGUAACCAUAUUCCACCCCUGUAUCUGGAUGGCCAUGUGUUUGCAAGUCAGCCCCGCCUGGUCCCUCAGACGAUACCUCAGCAGCAAAGCUACCAACAGGCUGCUGCUGCUCAACAGAUUCCCAUUUCCCUCCACACAUCCUUACAGGCCCAAGCUCAGCUUGGGCUGAGGGGUGGUCUGCCGGUUUCCCAGUCCCAGGAGAUGUACAGUUCCAUUCAGCCCUUCAGGUCUCAGGUGUAUAUGCACCCCAGUCUGUCUCAACCCAGCACCAUGGUCCUGACAGGAGGCACAGCUCUGAAGCCUCCGUAUUCCGCCUUCCCAGGCAUGCAGCCCUUAGAGGUGGUGAAAACCCAGUCUGGGUCCCCCUACCAGCCCAUGAAUGGAAGCCAGACACUGGUUUAUGAAGGCCAGAUAAACCAGGCGGCUGGCAUGGGAGCCUCCCAGAUGAUGGACUCUCAGCUUACGCAGCUAACGAUGCCUGUGCCUGGCUCUCAGCUUCCUCUGCCCCGCUAUGGCUCUGGCCAGCAGCCCCUGAUUCUACCACAGUCCAUCCAGCUUCCUCAGGGGCAAAACCUGCCUGUAGGAGCUCCCCGAAGAAUCCUCCCUCCUGGAUCCCAGCCUUCUGUUCUUGCUACCAGCAGGGAGUCCUCCCAAAUGGAAAUGAAAGGGUUUCAUUUCUCUGAUGGUAAACAGAGUAUGUCCUCUGGAGGGUCUGUACCAUCACCACAUACGUACAGAAUUUACUCCAUGAAUAUUGUCGACUCUUCGAUUUCCAGGCCUAGCUCUGCCAGCCCAAGUGGGAAGCCAUCUGGACCAGCAGUUAGUAUGGGCUCUGUGCAAGGACACUAUGUACAGCAGGCAAAGCAGCGGGUGGAUGAGAAUAAAGCCAACUUGGGAGCAGUAAAGCUGCAAGAAACAGCCUCCACAAACCAGAUGAAGCCAGUGCGCACAGGAGCCAUCAAACCUCAGGCAGUCAAAGUGGAGGAAAGCAAGGCCUAGGAGCACCUCUGAUGCCUGCCUGGUCCUGCUGCCUGAGAGGCCCUGCAGCUUAGACUGAACCCCACUGGAUCUCCUGAAAAUUGCCAGAUCUACUCCCUGCCCCACAUAGACUGACUACAGCAACAUCAUCCAAGCCUGUCUCCCAACAAAGCAGUUUGAAACAGUGGAUAUGACAUUGACCUGCUUGCUUUAAAUCCAACCUUGUGACUUUUUAAGUGGCUCGAGCCAUUUGUUUUUUAUUUUUACCCCCCCUCCCCAUGCCCCAUCCACAGGUAGCUGUGAUUGCUCACUUGGCAAAUCCCAUCCUUCUCCUUCCCUACUUCUGUCUCAGCAGAGUGGCAACUGGGGGAGAGGGGUUAGUUUGAGGUUUUUCAUUUUAAAGGCAGCUGAGGUUUUUACAGAAAUGCUAUAUCUUUGUUUAUAGCAGAACUUUUAUAUGUUCUCUCAUUUUCCCCACCCCUUCUUUCUGUUUUCCUCAUUCCAAAAAGAAUUCCCUCCUGCUCAAAUUAUGUUCUGACAAAACUCUGCUUUGUUUUAUAUAUGGUUCUGUGCUAUGUUGAGAAUCAUGACUUCUAAAUUGAGUUUGUUUGGGUGUAUUUCCCCAGAUGAUUUAGCCUUUCAGGUUAUUUGAUUUUAAAAAUACAGGACAGUUAUGGCAUUCAUUAAUUUUUCAGUAUCUUGUUUUAAGCUAGAAGCAGUGCUUGCAUUAAAAGUAAAUGUGUACUAAAGGUAUAUAGUAGAUCAGUGCAUUAAUAUUGAGACUUGCACCAUGUUAAUUGUAGCUUUGGGGUGCUUGUGCACAACAAAAUUGUGGCAUUUUCGUUUUAAGGAAAAAAAACCUCCAAAUUUCUGUUGCAAACUCAUCUGGAUCUAGGGGGAUUUGGUUGGUUGAUGGUUUUGUGGGUUUGGGAUUUUUUAGUGACUGCCAAACACACAAUAAAAUGUAAAUCAUAGAUUUACGAAAUGUAAAAUCUCCUCACCACACAUCUGUCAGAAGAGUUGGCCAGAGCCAACGGGUCUGUAUAGACUACUUUUUGUAGUUGUGAUGCUCUCUUAUGCUCCCUACCUUGGCCGCUCUAAUUCUUCCUGUCUCCUGGGACUUGUUCUAUCUUGUGUUCAUCCCUUGGGGCUGCUCUCCUAAGCUUUGCUCUUCUCCCUUUUCCCUAAGUCUUGCUUUGUGUCCCUCUAUCUCAACAGCCUUUUGUAAAAUCAAUGUAGAAACACAUCGUGAAGGGAGCCCCUCUGCAAGGCAGCCGUUUUAGCACACUUGGAACCUCCUUUUUUUGUAUUGGAAAUGCAUGUUACAAAGGCAGUUUGGAAUCAUCCUUUUACUCAUCCUUCCCCAGAUGAACAGCAAAGCAUCAGUGCAGUUGCUUAUAGUGCGUGUACAGUUACCGUCACCUCACACUUCCCCACCAGUGUUUGAUGAUCUAUGGAAGGAAGGUCCCAGUGGGAAGAGGUUGGCUUUUAUUUCUGUGGUUGUUUGGUUUUGAUUUGUGUGUGUGUGUGUGUAUGUAGAUUUUUAGAAUGGACUUCCAGGUUCCUGGAGGUGCAUGGAGUCCUUCAGCUGAUGGUAGUCUUAAGUAAACUCGCUACUGUCAGCUACCUUGGUUUGUCUUGUUUAGCUCUUUCAAAAUGUAAAGUGGGCUGGUCACUCUGAAGUGAGGGAAAGAAACCAUUUCUGCAGGAGAUGACAGCUUGCUAACUGGCUGUGCUGUCUGCCUCUGCUGGGUGGCAGCAAGUCAUUUGGUGGUGGUUCCAAAGAAGAUGCUUUGAACAAAGAAUGUAUUCGGGAAGGGAUCUGAAAGGUGUUCUUGUUUCUCUGUUUGCUUUAUCCCUACUCCCACCCCCCCCCCCCCCCCUGUUUUGGGCAAGAUCCUUCAUGACUUUCUAGGGAUGCAUUUGAAGUUUUAAGCUAAGUAUAAAUAAGUGUUUUAUACAGUAGCUUUAAAGAGCUUAGAAACGUAAACUAACUUAGACAUAUAGCAAUGUCCCCUCUCCACAGGUGUCCCCAUUGACUGUGGCAGAGAGAACCCAAAGGGAAAGGGAUAGGAUGGUACUUUAAGAAAAAUAAAAGCUCUUUUUUUCCCCC